AUAACGUAAUUUGGAAAAAGGAAUAAACACAAGUUAGGGUUUUUCAGUCUCAUAAGCAUAGAACCAAACCCUAGGAUUACAGCUAUGGUUACCGCCGGAUUCGAGGUGGGAGUGGUUCCCUUUAACCCAGAUGGCUGGGGUCCGAUGGAAUCAACCUCCACAGCCGCCGUCGGCUCCAACCUCCCUCUCAACGUUCCUUUUGCCCCAUUCUCUCGCUCUGACAAGCUCGGCCGAAUCGCCGAUUGGACCAGAAACUUCAACAAUCAGUCCAGGCCCAAGAAUCCCUCCGAUUCCGCCUUUGAUUUCUCCAACGACGAUUCCUUCCCCGGAUCUGCCGAUGACGACUCCUCAUUCAGAUUGGUCGACGGCAAACCUCCACCGCGCCCCAAAUUCGGACCCAAAUGGAGGUACCAGCAGCAGAGACAGCUCCCUCAGCGACGCGACGAGGAGGUCGAGGCCCGGAAGCGCGAGGCCGAGAAGGAGCGCGCCCGACGUGACCGUCACUACAACAAUAACCGGUCCAAUGUCAACCAGUUUAGGCGUGAGGCGGCCGUGUUCAAAUCCUCAGUGGAUAUUCAGCCGGAGUGGAAUAUGCUUGAUCAGAUCCCAUUCUCAACUUUCUCCAAGCUCUCCUUCAAUGUUCCCGAGCCAGAGGACCUCCUCCUCUGUGGCGGCCUCGAAUUCUAUGACCGGUCAUUCGAUCGGACCGCGCCGAAGAAUGAGCGGCGGCUUGAGCGGUUCAAGAACCGCAAUUUCUUCAAAGUCACUACUACUGAUGACCCAAUUAUCCGAAGGCUUGCUAAUGAGGAUAAAGCCACUGUCUUUGCCACUGACACUAUAUUAUCCUCUCUUAUGUGCGCGCCCAGGUCUGUGUAUUCCUGGGAUAUUGUGAUCCAGCGAGUUGGGAACAAGCUAUUUUUCGAUAAAAGAGAUGGGUCGCAGUUGGAUUUGCUUUCGGUUCACGAGACCUCUCAGGAGCCUUUGCCCGAGGCCAAGGAUGAUAUCAAUUCUGCCUAUUCUUUGAGUGUUGAGGCUGCUUAUAUCAACCAGAAUUUCUCGCAACAAGUCUUGGUUAGGGACGGUAAUAAGGUGACCUUCGAUGAGCCUAAUCCUUUUGCUAAUGAAGGAGAGGAGGUAGCUUCGGUGGCUUAUAGAUACAGAAGGUGGAAGCUUGAUGAGAACAUGUAUCUUGUUGCUCGAUGCGAGGUUCAGAGUGUUGUUGAGGUCAACAAGCAGAGAUCUUUCCUGACCUUGAAUGCUCUCAAUGAAUUUGAUCAUAAGUACUCCGGCGAUUGGAGGCAAAAGUUGGAGAGUCAGAGGGGUGCGGUUUUGGCUACUGAGCUUAAGAACAACGCUAAUAAGUUGGCUAAAUGGACCGCGCAAGCCCUUUUGGCUAGCGCAGAUUUGAUGAAGUUGGGAUAUGUUUCGAGGGUUCAUCCUCGUGACCAUUUCAAUCAUGUGAUUUUGGCUGUUGUUGGAUACAAACCAAGAGAGUUUGCAGCUCAGAUCAACCUCAACACUUCAAAUAUGUGGGGCAUUGUGAAAUCUAUUGUGGACUUGUGCAUGAAAUUGAAAGAGGGCAAGUAUGUUCUGGUGAAGGAUCCUUCUAAACCUCAAGUUAGAAUUUAUGAAGUGCCUUCUGAUGCUUUUGAGAAUGAUUACGUUGAAGAACCACUGCCCGAGGAUGAGCAAGUGCAGCCCCUGGCCGAGAAUGCUGAUGGUGAGGCAAAUGAUGCUGCAGUUGAUGUGGAAGAUAAGCCAAUUGAAGCUGAAGCUUGAUUUGGUUAGAGAACAGAGGUGCAAGGAUGGAGCAGGACAGCAGCAGCAGAAGCAGCAUAGCUAUGUUUCUGAUAACAAAACCUUCAUUUUUGUUUAUUUAUUUUCUUUGUUUUCGAAAACCCUGUAAUAGAUCUCAAAGAGCACACACUUCGUAGUUGGAAGUUGUCUACUUUAUUAUUUCUAUAGACUUGUGUUCUUCGUGUCAUACUAUACAUACUAUUGUGGUGAGUGUGGCCCAAGUUUUUGACCA